AUGACGGUGCAUGGAAGUUUAGCGUUCGUGCGAAAUAGUAUUGGUGAGAAUGCUUACGUGAGCGACGAGAUCAUCACUUCCCGAGCUGGAGUUCGAGUUCGUGUCACAAAUACCGAUGCAGAGGGUCGAAUGGUUAUGACGGAUCUAUUGUGUGAGGCAAAGGAAAAAGCGCUGCAAGUUCAAAACCCACAUCUGAUGACUUUUGCUACACUGACAGGCCAUGUUAUUCUUUCCUACGGACCAAAUUACACGGGUUUGGUAAGCAAUGGACCAGCUCGGCAAAUCCACGCAGACGAGGAGUUCCGCAAGGCGGGCUCUCUACUUGGCGAAAUGCACGAAAUUUCUAUGUUGCGCCGUGAGGACUUCGAAGUGCACGCUUCUCAGGACGAUUAUGCAGAUUUGGUUAAUUCUGCCCGUCCAGUUGGCGGUAGACGAGCUCGGGGUCACCAGUCACCGGCUGCAUUCAUGAUCGCAGCGUCUGGUUUGGAUGCGCACAUGUGCAAUAGAAAGCAACCACUGCCCUAUACACAUUUUGACAUAGCAGGGAGCCAAGGUCCGUCUCCUGGGAUCCCAACGGGUGUGCCGAUUCUAACUUUGUGCUCUCGUUAUUUGUUGGAUCAAUUUUUAAAAUGA